AUGGAGAUAGCCUUAGUGAGUUUUGAGAACGGCGGCGCAAAAGGGAACGGAGGUAAUGUCAGUGAAACCUGCCAAAAUGCGCUGGAUCACCCUCAACCAGCCUUCGUCCAGACCGGACACAAUGAGGGCUACAGCAAAGAGCUAAACACCACUGGGAAUCCACAGCAGAGCUCGUGGAAAAUUAACGACAUGAAUAACACGUUUAGCUGCAGCGAAAAUGCCAUGGAUGCGCUCCUACGCGCCGACCACAGUCCCCAUCUCUUUGACGAGGACAUGCUGGACAUGGACAUGGACAAUGAGAGUAACGAAAGAGUGCUGAUCAACAUUGCUGGUCUGAGGUAUGAGACCCAACUGGGUACGCUUAACCAGUUCCCGGAUACUUUACUUGGGGACCCCGAUAAAAGAAUCAAAUACUUUGACCCACUGCGGAACGAGUACUUCUUCGAUCGGAACCGACCAAGUUUUGACGGAAUACUUUACUUCUAUCAGUCGGGUGGGAAAAUUCGGAGGCCAGUUAACGUGUCAAUCGACGUGUUUGCUGAUGAGAUUCGCUUUUAUCAGCUGGGGGAAGAGGCGAUGGAACGGUUCCGAGAAGACGAAGGCUUCAUCAAAGAAGAAGAGAAGCCUUUGCCACAGAAUGAAUUUCAGAAACAGGUAUGGCUCAUCUUCGAAUAUCCCGAGAGCUCAAGCCCUGCAAGAGGUAUAGCCAUUGUCUCGGUGAUCGUAAUCACAAUAUCCAUAAUAACCUUUUGCUUAGAAACAUUACCCGAGUUCCGUGAUGAAAGGGAACUGCCGGUGACAAGCAGAGCAGACAAUGGCACUCAGGUUCGGCCGUCGCUCACCUUCACCGACCCUUUCUUCAUAAUCGAGACCACCUGUGUGAUAUGGUUCACGUUUGAACUAUUUGUGAGAUUCUUCGCCUGUCCCAGCAAGUCCGAGUUCUCCAAAACCAUCAUGAACAUAAUUGAUAUCAUGUCCAUAAUGCCUUAUUUCAUCACAGUUGGCACAGAGCUGGUAGAGCAGCAAGGACAAGAGCACAAUAACGGACAGCAAGCUAUGUCACUGGCCAUUCUGAGGGUAAUAAGGUUAGUACGAGUGUUUCGGAUUUUCAAACUUUCCAGGCACUCAAAGGGCCUACAAAUUCUGGGUCAGACUCUCAAAGCCAGCAUGAGAGAACUUGGGCUUUUGAUCUUCUUCCUCUUCAUCGGAGUUAUACUGUUCUCCAGCGCCGUGUACUUCGCAGAAGCGGAUGAGCCGGAGUCCCACUUUUCGAGCAUACCAGAUGCCUUCUGGUGGGCUGUAGUCACCAUGACAACUGUGGGUUAUGGUGACAUGAGACCAGUUACAGUAGGGGGCAAGAUUGUCGGUUCACUCUGUGCCAUCGCAGGGGUGUUGACCAUUGCGUUGCCUGUGCCCGUUAUUGUGUCAAACUUCAACUACUUUUACCAUAGAGAAACUGACCAAGAUCAGUCCUCGCUCAAAGACGAACCCACUAGUCCUUGUGAUGAACUGAAACGCAGCCGCAGCAGAUCCUCUCUAAAGUCCACCGGAGACGUGGAGAAUAACGAAGGGGUUAAUACUCCUGUCGAAAAGGCUAACAUCAAAGCUAACAGCAACUUGGACAUCAAAAGAUCUCUUUAUGCGUUUUGUCUAGACACGAGGGAAACAGACCUGUGA